GCAAUGAUGGCGGUCACAAGCUUACGGCUCCUUUUGAUAGCAAGUCGAUAAAUAGAGGCUAUUUACCGGCUUUUUAAUGGAGGCUGAGAAAGUCUGCCUUCAAUCAAAAGCGGAAUCUGUUUGAUUUCUCAACAUUUGUUCAGGUGUACCGCGCAGGGUACUGUAACUAGCAGUUUCGCUUUCAAACGCUUUAUCUGAGCUUGUUAUUUUAAAAUGGCUCCGGUGCAGAUUGGCGCUGAUGGCCAACUGGUCCCAGCCGGGGGUCCGACCACGGCACCCCAGCCACCUCCCCCGGGUGCACCGGCGACCAGACUCAGCCUUUUGAUUGAAUUCCUUCUGCAGAGGACCUACCAUGAGAUCAUCCUGUUGGCCGAGCUCCUGCCCAGAAAGACAGACAUGGAAAGGAAAAUUGAGAUUGUCCAGUUUGCAAGUCGGACCCGGCAGCUGUUUGUCAGGCUGCUUGCACUUGUGAAAUGGGCAAGCAAUGCAGGGAAGGUGGAGAAAUGUGCGAUGAUCUCCAGCUUCCUGGACCAGCAGGCCUUCCUCUUUGUGGAUACGGCCGAUCGGCUGGCGUCACUGGCUCGUGAUGCCCUGGUCCACGCCCGCCUGCCCAGCUUUGCCAUCCCUUUUGCCAUCGAUGUCCUCACCACUGGCUCAUACCCGCGCCUACCCACCUGCAUCAGGGACAAGAUCAUUCCUCCAGACCCCAUCACUAAGGUGGAGAAGCAGACCACGUUGACCCAGCUCAACCAGAUACUGCGCCACCGCCUUGUCACCACAGACCUGCCCCCUCAGCUGGCCAACCUCACCGUCGCCAAUGGGCGUGUGAAGUUCCGUGUGGAGAAUGAGUUUGAGGCCACCCUGACGGUGAUGGGAGACGACCCAGACAUUCCCUGGAGACUCCUCAAGCUGGAGAUACUGGUGGAGGACAAGGAGACUGGAGAUGGCAAGACGCUGGUCCACGGCUUGCAGGUGAACUACAUCCACGAGCUGGUGCAGUCUCGCCUCUUCGCUGACGACAAACCCCUUCAGGACAUGUACAACUGCUUACACUCGUUCUGCCUGUCACUGCAGCUGGAGGUUCUGCACAGCCAGACCCUGAUGCUGAUCCGCGAGCGCUGGGGAGACCUGGUGCAGGUGGAGCGCUACGUGCCCGCCAAGUACCUCAUCCUCUCCGUCUGGAACCAACAGAUUCUGGGCCGCAAGACGGGCACGGCCUCGGUGCACAAGGUCCACAUUAAGAUCGACGAGAGUGACGUCUCCAAGCCAUUACAGAUCUCCCACGAGCCCCCUCUCCCCGCCUGCGACUCCAAGUUAAUGGAGAGAGCCAUGAAGAUUGAUCACCUCUCAGUGGAAAAGCUUUUGAUUGACAGCGUUCAUGCGCGCUCCCAUCAGAAGCUGCAGGAGCUGAAAGCCAUACUAAAGGGAAACAACCCCAACGACAACUCCUUCAUCGAGACGGCCCUGCCCACCCUCAUCAUCCCCAUUCUGGAGCCUUGUGGCUUGUCAGAGUGCCUCCACAUAUUCGUCGACUUGCACUCCGGAAUGUUCCAGCCAAUGCUCUACGGCCUUGACCAAACGAUGCUGGAUGACAUCGAGAAGGCCAUUAAUGAGGACAUGAAACGCAUCCUCACCUGGCUACAACAGCUGAAGUUCUGGUUGGGAGAGCAGCGGUGUCGGCAGUCUGUGAAGCAUCUCCCAACGCUCUGCUCAGACAGGCUCCACUUGUCAAACGCCGCCAGUCAUCCUGCCGGCAGCCUAUCAAAACACAAGCUCUUCAUCAAGAUGACCCGCCUUCCUCAGUAUUACAUAGUGGUGGAGAUGUUUGAUGUCUCUGGCUCCCCUACGGAGCUGCAGUAUAAGUACUACUUCCUGUCGGUAAGUGGUGAGGAGAGCGGGGAGGACGGCCUGCCCUGCGCCAUGCUGCUGCAGCAGUUCAAACCCAACCUGGAGGAGAUGGCACAGGACCUGGCCAACAGCCGCAUACUACGGCCAGGCACCAAGAGGAAGUUGUCUGGGGAGACGGGUGCUCUGGAGCCUAAGAAGCCGAAGCGCUCGGGGGAGAUGUGCGCCUUCAACAAGGAGCUGGCACACCUGGUGGCCAUGUGCGACACCAACAUGCCACUCAUAGGCCUGCGCUGUGAGCUGACCAACAUGGAGAUUCCUCAUCAGGGUGUGCAAGUGGAAGGAGACGGCUGCAGUCACGCCAUCCGCGUCCUCAAGGUUCCUCCGAGUAAAGGGGUGUGUGAGGAGACGCGUAAGGCGCUGGAGCGUUCUCUACUGGACUGCACCUUCCGGCUGCAGGGCCGCAACAACCGCACCUGGGUGGCCGAACUGGUCUUCUCCAACUGCCCCCUCACCAGCACAUCUAGCAAGGAACAGACGUCGACGCGGCACGUGUACCUGACCUAUGAGAACCCUCUGUCGGAGCCGGUGGGUGGGCGCAAGGUGGUGGAGAUGUUCCUCAAUGACUGGAACAGCAUCAGCCAACUUUACGAGUGUGUGCUGGAGUUCUCGCGCUGCCUCUCAGAAAUGCCUUCCUACCUGAGUCUGUUCUCAGAGAUCCGGCUAUACAACUACCGUAAGCUGGUCCUGUGCUACGGCAACACUAAGGGAAGCUCGGUGACGAUCCAGUGGAACUCCAGUACGCACCGCUUCCACCUCUCCCUGGGCACGGUGGGGCCCAACUCAGGCUGCAGCAACUGCCACAACAUCAUCCUUCACCAGCUGCAGGAGAUGUUCAACAAGACCCCCAACACCGUGCAGCUCCUACAGGUGCUGUUCGACACACAGGGGCCGCUGAACGCCAUCAACAAGCUGCCCACGGUGCCCAUGCUGGGCCUGACGCAGCGCACCAACACGGCCUACCAGUGCUUCUCCAUCCUGCCCCAGUCGCCCACGCACAUCCGGCUGGCCUUCCGCAACAUGUACUGCAUAGACAUCUACUGCCGCAGCCGGGGCGUGGUGGCCAUCCGUGACGGAGCCUACAGCCUCUUCGACAACACCAAGAUUGUGGAAGGCUUCUACCCUGCACCGGGACUCAAGACGUUCCUGAACAUGUUUGUGGACAGCAACCAGGAUGCUCGGCGGCGUUCGGUGAACGAGGACGACAACCCCCCGUCCCCCGGCCUGGACAUGGACUCUCUGAUGGGCCACAUGCAGCAGCCACAGCAGCCAAUGAAGGGACAGGGGGGAGGAGUCUACCCACCCCUCAUGUCCCCGCCCAACGCGUAUCCUAGCAACAUCACGCCCUCGCCCUCCAUGAUCCCCACGCAGUCACCUGGGACCAUCCACGCGGCCAACUCCCCUAGCGGAGCCCUGAGGGCCCCCUCCCCUUUCGGGCCCACCCCGUCCCCCUCCUCCCUGGGCGUUAGCAUGGGCCAGACCUCCAACUUUGCCAGCCCACAUGGUGCCCUUGACCCCAGCUCUCCCUACGCCAUGGUGUCCCCCAGCCAGCGCGUGGGCAACUGGCCGGGCUCCCCGCAGGUCUCGGGGCCCUCGCCUGGCGCCCGGAUCCCUGGCAUGUCUCCCGGCAACCCCUCGCUCCACUCGCCCAUCCCGGACCCACACUCGCCACGCGCCGCCACAAGCUCUCAGGCGAUGCCGAGCAGCAUGCCUCCUCCUCGUAAGCUGCCGCAGCGCUCCUGGGCGGCCUCCAUCCCCACCAUCCUGACCCACAGUGCCUUGCACAUGCUGCUGCUGCCCUCGCCCACGCCGUGCCAGGUGCCGGGGCUGGCGGCCGGUAGCUACCUCUGCUCCCCACUGGAGCGCUUCCUGGGCUCGGUCAUCAUGCGCCGACACCUGCAGCGCAUCAUACAGCUGGAGCCCGCGUUGAACAUUGUGAACUCCAACGAGCCGGGUGUGAUCAUGUUCAAGACGGAGGUGCUGAAGUGCCGCGUGGCGCUGAACCCCAAGUCCUACCAGGCGCUGCAGCUGAAGGUCACGCCGGAGAACGCCGGGCCCUGGAGCCAGGAGGAGCUGCAGAUCCUCGAGAAGUUCUUCGAGACCAGAGUGGCUGGGCCUCCUUUCAAGUAUAACACCCUGAAUGCUUUCACCAAGCUGCUGGGAGCGCCCAUCAACAUCCUCCGAGACUGCGUUCGCAUCAUGAAACUGGAACUGUUCCCUGACCAGGGCUCGCAGCUGAAGUGGAAUGUGCAGUUCUGCCUGACCAUCCCGCCCAGCGCCCCUCCCAUCGCCCCCCCGGGAACCAUCGCUGUGGUGCUCAAGUCCAAGAUGCUCUUCUUCCUCCAGCUGACCCAGAGGGUGCCGGUGCCCCAGGACGCGGUGAGCAUCAUUGUGCCCAUCGUGUAUGACAUGGCUACGGGUGUGACGCAGCAGGCCGACAUCCCGCGCCAGCAGACCUCCUCGGGCAACGCCAACGCAGCCCUCAUGGUCAGCGGCAUCCUCAGGAGGUUUAACGAGCACCACCCCGCCAGAGCAGGCGAAUGUACGAUAUUCGGGGCUGUGCAUGAACUCAUGGCCAAUCUCAACCUGAACCCUACUGGUCGUCCCUAGAACUGCACCUCAUAAAAAAGACUCCAGAGAGCCACUAGUCAUUUUGUGGCUUAAUCUAUUACACAGCAGGUCAAAGAUACAGCACCUGCAGCGGCAAACAUGGACUACCUUGUAUGGAAGAAUGGCCACUCGAGUCAGCUAUGGCUGCAGGAACUGAACUCUGAUGUACAAAAUUCUGACCGAAAAAAGGGAGUGGAUGAUGAUGAUUAUGAUGGAAGUGAUUUUUUUUCUUCAGUUCUGUGGACUGUACAUGAAGAUGCAGCUGCAGGAGUGUUUCCGAAAGUGGAGAUCAGUGUUGGGGGGGAAAAGUGGAAAUCGAUUUAUUUUUCAUUUCAUAUGCACUUCUUAAAUAAAAAAAAGACACAAAGAGGUUUGUUUACUCAGAGCUGUAAAUUGUUUUAUACUCCUGCCUUUAAAAGAAAGUGUUGGACUUUUGCAAGAAACUUUAUCUCUUUUUUGUUUUAUAAUACAAAAUAUCAAUACUUUUGCGUAUUGGGGCUGUGUUCUUUAGUACACUAUUUAAAUGUUGCUCUUUCUCCCCCUUUUUAUGUCUCAAUUUGGACUUUUCAUUUAAGCCUAUCACUUUAAAUACUGUACAACUGUGAUAACCUUUCUAAGUAAGCUGUAUUUUAUUAUGACCGCUUUGAAAUCUGCAGAGAGUGAUCAAAGGCCAUUUGUGUCUGUGAUAAUUCUUAUUUAAUAAAUAUAUCAAAAAUGUCAA